CUUUUAUAAUGAACUACCCCUAUGCAUAAUAUGUACAUUGUACAAUCAAAAACAGAAAAGAAAUGCAUCGCAACAAACUAGUUAUUUUAUAAACAAUUAUUUUUGUUGGAAGAUACAUAGUAUGUUAUAGCUGACUGAAAAAAUAAGAAAUCGGAGUGAAGCUUUAGAAUAACAGAGGAAAGUAUAUGAGUGUUAAAUCAUCAGGUCUUGUGAGUAUAUUGACAAUUUAAUUUUUGUUUGCAUGACGUGUCAAUUGUAGUGUCAGAAGUGCUAAUAUAGAUAAGAAAUAGAUGUGUGGCUCCAAGAAAAUUAUGAAGAAAGGAACAAGAGCUUUAAUUUUAGUUGGAGGCUAUGGUACACGAUUACGUCCUUUAACAUUAAGUACCCCGAAGCCUUUGGUUGAAUUUGCCAAUAAGCCCAUAUUAAUACAUCAACUAGAAGCUCUUGUUGAUGCCGGCGUCCAUCAAGUUAUUUUGGCUGUCUCAUACCGUGCUGAACAAAUGGAAACUGAGCUAAAAGCGCAAGCGGAAAAGUUGGGGGUUGAAUUGUUAUUUUCUCAUGAAACGGAACCCUUAGGCACUGCCGGUCCAUUAGCAUUGGCGAAAGAUUUGCUAAGCUCAAGCUCAGAUCCAUUCUAUGUUCUAAACUCCGAUGUAAUUUGUGAUUUCCCAUUUAAACAGUUGGAAAGUUUUCAUCGUUCUCAUGGAAAAGAGGGCACAAUCGUAGUAACAAAAGUAGAAGAACCAUCAAAAUAUGGCGUAGUUUUAUAUGAUGAAUCUGGUUGCAUUCAAAGUUUUAUAGAAAAGCCGCAAGAAUUUAUAAGUAAUAAAAUAAAUGCUGGAAUGUAUAUAUUUAAUCCUUCAAUACUAAACCGAAUUGAAAUUAAGCCAACAUCAAUUGAGAAAGAAAUUUUCCCAGAGAUGGCUUCUCAGCACCAAUUAUACGCUAUGGAUUUAAAUGGUUUUUGGAUGGAUGUUGGACAACCAAAAGAUUUUUUAACAGGAAUGUGUUUAUAUUUAUCUUCACUAAGGCAAAAAAACUCCGAAAAAUUACAUAGCGGACUUGGUAUAGUAGGCAAUGUUUUAGUAGAUUCUACAGCUAAAAUAGGUGUUGGAUGUAGAAUUGGUCCUAACGUAACUAUUGGCCCUGAUGUUGUUAUAGAAGAUGGAGUUUGCAUUAAACGUUCCACGAUACUUAAAGGGUCCAUUAUAAAGUCACACUCUUGGUUGGAUUCGUGUAUUAUUGGCUGGCGUUCAGUAGUCGGCCGAUGGGUUAGAUUAGAAGGAACUACCGUCUUAGGAGAAGAUGUCAUUGUAAAAGACGAACUAUAUAUAAAUGGUGGUCAAGUAUUACCUCACAAAAACAUAGCAGCAAGUGUCCCAGACCCACAAAUAAUUAUGUAGAUAUACGAUUAUUAAUAAAUAAGGACAAAAGUUAAUUUUCUUUUAUAGUUUCUUUAUUAACAAGAAGCCAAAGUUAAAUUCUUGAGCAAAGUUAACAGGGAAUGAUGUAAUGUUAUGAAAAUUGGUCGUCAAAUAAAUACUAAGUUAGAAUUAUUUUUAAUUGUUAAAAUUAUAAAGCGCAAAUAUUAAGCACGUGAUGCUGUAAUAAUAAUGAUUAAUUUUUCAGGUAAAAAAAGGAUAUACAAAUGUAUGUAAUUUUUUAAAAAAAUGAACCAGCAUGAAUUUAAGUUCAAAAAUAAACUAAAAGCCAAUUUUAAAUGUCUAUUGAGUUCUUGCUAUAGGUCUACUAGUUUAACUUUAGGUUUAAAAAGGUUUUCUAGUUUAACUUUAUGAAAGUCUACUGGGUUAAGUUCAGCAUAACUUGAAGCUUAUUUUCUUAAUAGGCUUUAGCUAAAAAAGUAAACAAAAUAUUAAUUAAAAUGUUUGAUUGCAUCUUUGAAAAAAAAAAUUAUAAAAAGAAAAAGUUCAGUAAAAUUUAAAUUAUAAUUGGAUUUUCUAAAAGAACGCAGUUUAAACAAAAAAGUGCUAAUGAGAAUACGAAUCAAAAACAAAGUUCAUAAUAAAUUGAGAUCCGAAUAUAUGCGGAAUAAUUAAGAAAUAUUGUAUUAUGAAAUGAAAAAAUCAACUAGUAAAAGAAAAAUUUUGUAGAAUUAUAUGGAAUUUAAAAGUAAAACCAAUUAUAAUUCAAAACUUUUUCAAAUAAUAAGGAAUAUGUACUUUUAAAAUCAAUUCCAUUAAGUUCGGUAGACUUGUAUAACUACGAGAUUUUUUUUUGUAGUACAAAAAAAUUCAAAUUCAGGAGACAUUGGUAAUUGGCCCUUCAACAUUUUUUAUACCUAAUAAAUAAUUUUUAAAGAGAAUUAAUUUAUAUCAAUCUUAAAAUUUUCGAAAUUAUAAAAUGUUUUGUAAUACAUAUACAUAUAAUUGUAAUGUUUUAUAUAUUUAUAAAAAUUUGUAGUUGCAUUCCAAAAAAAGCAAUAAAGUUUUUAUCU